AUGGUUAGAACUAGAGGUGGAUCAUCUUCUCGCGGUGAUGCUUCAUCUUCUCGUGGUGAGCCUUCAUCUUCAUCUCACGAUAAAAGGAGACGACCAAAACGUGUGGAUGUUAUUCAUGAGGAUGGGUCUGAGGAGCAUAACGAAAUUAUACAGCAGAGAUAUGGUGAGGACGACUAUGUUGAGCAGAAGGAUGUUGAACCGCAGGAGGAUGACUAUAGUGAGGAAGAAGAAGAAGAUGAAGAUGAUGGAUUUCUAGGAGGUCCACGUGACACCUCCUUGCUCACACAUUAUACCCAGCAUGUUGCAUUUGCCAUGUGGCAAGGCCGGGAUCGAGGGAAGAUCAAAGUGAUUUCCCAUGGUAAAAAAUUAAGACAUUUUGGAAUGUACCAUGAGGCUAUUGAGCGUUAUAUCUCCAUAUCGGGUUUGGCUUCCUUAGUCAACCUAUCGUACGAGUAUGUCGAUCAUGGAUUGAUCGUUUCCCUUGCGAAGAGGUGGCACCCAGAGACAAAUACUUUCCACCUCCGUGUAGGAGAGAUGAGUGUCACAUUAGAUGACGUUCACAAUCUGCUUCACCUACCUAUCAUGGGGCAAUUUUGUGACGUGGAGGAGUUAGAGUAUGAUGAGGCUCGAUCUCAUCUUAUGGACUUGCUUGGUGUCGAUCGUGCCAAAGCUUCAGCCGAGAUGAAACAGUCACGCGGUCCAAAAGUUAGGCUGAGCUGGCUCCGCGAGGUCUACCAAGAGUGCAUUGAGCAGGAGCUUUGGGAGUGCGCUGCUCGGGCCUACUUGUUGCAUCUACUUGGAUGCACAAUUUUUACGAAUAAGAGUGGGACAUUUAUUUGAGUCUCGUACCUCCUUCUGUUGCGAGACUUGAAUGCUUGUGCGACAUAUGCCUGGGGAGCAUCUGCACUGGCAUAUACUUAUGAGCAGCUAGGAGAUGCUAGCUUCACUGGUGUCAAGCAGAUAGCUGGAUAUUCCACUCUUCUACAGGUACAUUUUAGUUUUACAAAAUUGUUUUAAUAUAUUUUACGAAUGUAUAAAAUAAUUUAAGUAAUGUUUUUUUAGAGUUGGAUAUAUGAGCACCUUCCUGACAUGGGAAGGAGGCGAGUAUCGGAUAGGUACACAGAUCUCGAUCCACGUGCUUCACGAUAUAUACCUCCAAGGCAAGGUUGGAGUUUGAUGGAGGGGCGGACAUAUCUGGAUUGGCUCACUUACGAUGAUGUCAUUUGGCAUCCAUACAUUUCGCACAGACGUACUUGUCCAUUCAUGAACAUAUGUAUGUUUUCAGGAUGGAUCCGACUAUGCGACAUGAUUCACCGACAUUUGCCUGAACGUGUGUUGCGUCAGUUCGGUUUUCAGCAGAUCAUACCACGUUCGCCUGAGAGCCUUCUGAUGCCAAACAUUCCUACGAUUGAUCUAAAUUGGCUGAGGUAUGUUGAGCAUGCCAUUACUGGUGUCACUGAAGCUGAUGAGCCCUCUGCGUGUGUUGAUGAAUACCUAAUGUGGUUUAGACGGGUGUCCCACUCGUACAUCACUCCAGCUGACGACGAUGACCGUCCCAAUCUUGCCCCGCGCAUGAGGCGACACCUACCAGAUGACAUCCUGAUGCCCUUAGUUCUUCGUAGACGAUCGCCUGAAUCUGGAUUGUUGGGUGGUAUGAGGCGUGUGAUCAGGAUGUUGCAGAGCAUGUUAACCUAUCGAGACGUCACAAAGGGCACUGUAGCUUAUCAGCGUACUAUUGAGGCACUUCAGGUUGCUCGUAGAUCCGUUGAGGAGUAUGAGGCUAGUACUAGUAGAGGUGCUCGUCAUGUUCGUGGAAGAGCAUCAUUUUCUUG